CAGGGAUUUCCCCAAUUUAUUCAAUGAAGCGAAACACAGAUUUCAGAGUGAAAGAGAAGCAUGUCGGAAAUGCAUGUUGCGUAUGCGGUUAAGUUAAUCUCAAGUCAACUGUAUUAAAACUGAUCUGGUUGGUCAAAAUGCCAUUUCUUUUUCAUCAAAAAAUCUGUUCGUUCUUGAAACGCCACAAAAACAAGUUCAUUUUCACCGGAGUUUUUCUUGGAGGGGUCAUCGGGUCUCUCAAGUAUGCGGAGUACAAAUUAAACUCAUUUGUUGCGGAGGAUCAGAAGAAGAUAAUGGAAAGGAAGAAGCAGGAGAAGGCGUUUGAUCAAGUUCAGCUUCAUGCUUGUUCAUUGGUUGAAGUGAUGUUGGACAGUGUUUUGAAGAAAGUUUUGAUGCUCAAUGAUACAGAAGUUAUAUUAAGAAGGUUAAAAGACAAAGAAUAUGGAAAGAAGUUGGAGCUAUGGAACCAGUUGAAAGUUGGUGUGUUUUCACGUCUCGUUGCAGGGAUUUAUUGUUUGAAUCUCGUCACAAUAACUGUCCAAGUUCAGUUACACCAACUUGCUGCCAGAGGUGAUGUCCAAACUUAUAAUGAAAACAUGGCCGUUCAGGUGUUUUUGUCUUUAUGCCACAAACACAUGUUAAGUGAAGGAAUUGCACAAGUUUCUGAACUUUGCCACAAAAUUACAAGUGAUAUAAUUGGAUCAAUGCCGCUACAACAUCACGUCGGCGGUGAGAACAUAGAAACGGCACUUCGCAGUGUUUUCAGCUGUUUAAUGAGAGAAAUGAAAAUAAAAUCUAGAAACACUGAACUUGAAGGUGCGUUUCACCCUGCUCUGCCCUCAUACAACACAGAUGAUGAAUUUUCACAAAAUGAGAAACUUCCCCAAAACUGGUUAGAGCUUACAUUUGAUAUACUUGAAUCUAGUGACUGCAGUGAUGUAUUCUUUGAAUGUUUCCGUGAAAGUGUUACAUUUAUUGCUGAGGCCUUUACAGCGAAUGUUGAAAAUAUGGCAAUAUCUUCUAAAUCUUCUUACAUCAAAGAUGAGGACAUUUUGCCUCUAUCUAUACCCCUUGCAAAAGCACUGCCACUGUUAAACACUAAACUUAAAUCUGUUUAUUCUGCAGACUUCUUGCAGCGUUUGAUGAUUAACCCAAUAAUGGGAAAAUUUGCGUUUAAUGUUUAUAAGUCCUGUUUCGAUUUACCAUCUUAAUCACACAGAUUUUAAAAACAAAACAUAUCUGUUGCAGUUGCACCAUGAAGGUCAACCUGGCAUAAUGUCCCAAAUAUCAUGUUGCUUCAUAGCUAUAUUUUAAAAAGCUGCUUUUAGUAUUCUACCUAUAAAUUCACCACAUAAGCAUCCUUCUUGAAACUUACAUAUAUUUGUUUUUAAAGCAAUUUAGUGGUUAUAGUUAUACUAAUUAUAAUUUAUUUUAAACAAUUUUUUGUUGUAUUCAG